AGCGUCGGCCCAGUCCGUCUCCGCGCUUGUUCCAGUGUGGAGCCUGGUGGAGCCGUAGGUCACAUCAUGGCUCGCAAUAUCUUCGCGUUUGUAAUAGCACCCCUUCUACUCUGCGGCUUGGCUAAAGCACUUUCAGAGGUCCCCUGCGAUGGAAUGUUUGAGGCUGUUGGUGAAAUUAUCAGUCCCUCCUGUUCUACCCACAACUGGACUUUCAUCGGUUCACAGUACUACAAGCGAACCCUCCUUAUUGCCAGAACUCGUGAAUCCGGCGCGGACUACACACUGGAAGCCUACGUUAGGAGACCUGGAAUGGAUUUCACGCUGAACACCACGAUAAGGGUGCCCUUUGGCAGUAUACCUUUCGCGACUCAACUGACGUGUCCUGCCGGCAUUGACGUGCGCAUUAUCAUGGCGAAUAGCGGUUGCCACUAUGGUCCUUGCGAUUUGCGAAUAAGAGCAAAUUUCUUGUCAGAAAGAGUUCCCACCCAAUGGAAUUCAAAACAUGUACCUUCAAGUACAGAUGCUCCAGAUGCUGCUACUGAAAUCUGCAAUAAUGGUGGUUUUCGUGAAAAUAGUGCAACGGGAUCGUGCGCAUGUCCGCCAGGAUUCGGAGGUCCAACGUGUGAGGAUGGAAAGUGA